AUGACGUCAGAUGGAGCUACGUCAACAUCAGCAUCUGCGAGGAGGAAACCGUCGUGGAGAGAGAGGGAGAACAAUAGGAGGAGAGAGAGGAGAAGAGCUGAAGCUUCAAAGAUAUACAAUGGUCUUAGAGCUCAAGAAGUUUGCACAACAACAACAACAGACAUUCUCUGGCUCUAUGGUGCCGACUUCUCCUCACUUCAAUCUUGUGAAACCUCCCCCCGUGGCCCAGCAGAGAUGUCUCCAAAUGCUGCUGCUAAUGAGUUCCAGGGGAUUGGUCAAAGCUCCGAGUUUAAGUUUGAGAAUAGCCAAGUUAAGCCGUGGGAAGGAGAGAGGAUACAUGAUGUUGGUAUGGAGGAUCUUGAGCUUACACUUGGAAACGGGAAGGCUCGUGGUUGA